GACGGCGUCUUAAGAUGGCUGCCGGGCGGCCGGUGCCUAACCGAGCAUCUGUCGGAAGUGCAUGGUCCUUCUGGAAACUGUCAUUUCUGGCUGUGGCUGCUAGGUAGAGGAGAGAAACCUUACCUGCUGGGUCCUGGGGCUUAAUAAGUAUUGCAUCUGACUGAGAGGGCAAGGAGUGUUGCAGCAAGGAGUGAGAUGAAGAAGCUGACGGUCAGAUACACUAAAUGAUUUCCUCAUGUCACUAGUGGGUGGUGGAGUCAAGAUUCCAGUUGGAGCCAUUAGAUGCCAGAGCCCUUCCUCUUAAUAAACUGAGAGAAUAUUUUGGUGAAGAUGUUUCAUAGAAUCAACAACUGUUGAGGCUGAACCAAAUCUGCAAAAAAAGAAAAGAUGUGGAGUGGGCUGCUACCUCCUGGCCUAAAUGAAAGUGACGUUGAGUCAAACUCUGAAGAUGAAGCCAUAGUAGAGAACUCUGGAUUUAACUUACAGGAAGAUAAAGAAGAUCAGGCCACUAGAAAAUCAGAAAUCUCAGAGUUCCCUACAAAUGGACCAAAAACUGAAACAGAGGCAAAUGUAAAUGCAUAUGAAGAGUGUCCAUCUGGAAUUUCAUUAAAUAUGUGGAAUAAAUUUCAAGAAUUGCAUAAAAAACAUUCAGAACAGAAAAACUCAGCCUCAAGAUUCAGGAGGAAAAAAAGAAAACGCUCCAGGAAAGAUAAAUUGAACAAUGGAGAGGCAUCUCAUAGUGAACACUCACCAAAUGAAAUCCAGUGGAAGGAACUCACUCAGUAUUUUGGAGUCAAUGAAAGGUUUGACCCCCCUGUAAAAAAGAAAAAAAUUGAGAAGUCAGGUCUUGAAAAGAGCAUAGACCAGGCUGUGGAAGAGUGGAAUAUUGAGAAAGCCGAGGAACUCAGCAACCAGCUAGCUACUCGAGAGCUUGGUGUAAAAAUUGCCAAAGCUGUUGCCUGCCAUAAUUUUGUAAAAGCCAAGAAGGCUGCUGAAAAUUCACAGGUUGUUCGGAAAAAGAAGAAACUUGCAUGGGGGUUUGAAGCAAAGAAGAGAUGGGAAACCAAAAGCAACAUGGGAUAUAUGUAACUUGCCAGGGCUCUUCAAGACAUUUUUUAGACCUAAGUGCUAAAUUUACUAAAAAUACUUUGCUGCUUAUGGUAAAUGUCAGGAAAUUGAUAAAAGAUAAAAGAAGCAUAAAACUUGGGAGUUGAUUAUCAAAUCUUUUCAGUCUUUUUCUAAGGGGUUGAUCCUAUUGAAGUGCAUGAAAUGGAGCAUUCUGUUAUUUAUAUAAGAAAUCUAAGCAUGUAUGCAAGAAAAAAUGAUAGGAGCUUUAUUAUUUACUUGUGUAACUUUACAGUAUAAAAUCAGUUUUACUUUUUAUCUGUUUGGUGUAGCAUUACCAAUGAACUCCUUGUUCUUUCUUAUCUGUACUGGUUUAACUGUACUUACUCUAGAAUUUUUGUUUUUAAGAUUAUUUGUUUAUAAUGGAUUAGUAAUAAGUGCAAGAAAGUCUCAGUUGAUACUGUUUUUACAAAUAACUUUAUAAUCACCUUAAUUUAUAAAAUUAUUGACUCUAUUAGAGGCAGUAGAAUUGAUAUGUCAUGAUCAUUUGGUAAAAUCAAUUGAUUAAUUUUCAUGUAAAUCCAGAUAAAAUAUUUCAAUAAAGAAAAGGACAGACUUGUAUUUGGAGGGUGAUUUAAAUUCAGCUCUGCCUGGAAAUGUCUUCCUAAAUAUCUCUCUCGGCCGUGUCAUUCUUUAAAUAAAUUAUGAGAUGGUUCUUA